CCGGAGCCCGAAGCCCAAUGGAGAGCGCCCGUUCCUCCCCUCUGCUCCCUGAUUGGCCGCGAGCGCUCUUGGCUUUGCCUUAUUAACAAGUCCUGCUGGGAGCCACGACUGGCCAGUGCCCAAAGCCCGGAGAACGAGAGCGGCGGAGCCUCGGAAGCCUGGCAUUCGGGGAAAGCGAGCGGAAGAGAGGGUGGGGGCCGCAGAGCCGGGACCUUUCGAAGAGGAGAGCUGCCCACGCGCCCUUCCCGGAACCCAUGAUCCGUGGCCGCCGCUGCUGCGUCUCGAGGCUGGAGGGAACAUCGGCUCUGUAUGGCCCCGGCUGUUGAUAUGACUUCUUUACAAAUCGGUGUCAAGAUCGAGGAGUCUCCCGCGUCCGCUUUCAGCAAGCCCGGCGGGGGCGGCGGCGGCGGCGGCGGCGCGGGAGGCGGUGGGGGCGCCUCGGCGGCCGCGAUGGGGGGAGAGGACGAGGGCGAGAAGCCCAAAGUGCCCCCUUCCCUGCUGCCUUUCAGCGUGGAGGCGCUCAUGGCUGACCACAGGAAGCCCGGGCUCAAAGACGCCCUCCCCGGGCCCGACGGGCCCCAGGCAGCAGGAACUUCGGCUCAGUCCCUGGGCACCAGGGUCGGCUCCUUGAGCGCCGGGGCUGCCCCAGAAACGCCGGCCUCCCCGCUCUCUCUCAACAGCCAUUUUUCGGUGGGAGGGCUCCUAAAACUGCCGGAAGAUGCACUUGUCAAAUCCGAAAGCCCCGAGAAGCAGGAGAGGACGCCGUGGAUGCAGAGUUCCAGAUUUUCCCCGCCUCCCCCGAGGAGACUCAGUCCUCCGGCCUGCACGCUUCGCAAGCACAAGACCAACAGAAAACCUCGGACUCCCUUCACCACGGCGCAGCUGCUGGCCCUGGAGAGGAAGUUCCGGCAGAAGCAGUAUCUGUCCAUCGCCGAGCGCGCCGAGUUCUCCAGCUCUCUGAGCCUCACCGAGACCCAGGUGAAGAUCUGGUUUCAGAACCGCCGCGCCAAGGCCAAGAGACUGCAAGAGGCGGAGCUGGAGAAGCUGAAGAUGGCAGCCAAGCCCAUGCUGCCCCCCGCGGCUUUCGGCAUCUCCUUCCCCCUGGGAGGCCCGGCAGCUGUGGCCGCGGGCGCCUCUCUCUACGGCGCUUCCAGCCCCUUCCAGCGGGCCGGGCUGCCUGUGGCGCCAGUGGGACUGUACACGGCGCACGUGGGAUACAGCAUGUACCAUCUGACAUAAGGGAGGGGCGGAGGAAGAGGGGACUGAUCCCCCCCGGACCUCGAGCGGCCCUCAGCCAGGCGGCAGCAAGAGCCCUUGGAGGCCCCCCCGGAGGCGCCGCUUCCAGGUUUCCCCUCUCUCUCCCCUAACCCGCAUCCCCCCUCCCCACUUUACCACAAGUGGCCGGAGCGAUCCAUUCCCUUAUCUCUUUGAUCUUUUUGAAUCUCCCAAGACCUUGACAUUCUCUUUCCCAGUCUUCUCUUCUCCUCCAGAAUGCUAAAGCUCUGGGAGGGAACCUAGCCAGCUUCCAGCUCAGCCCCUUCAUUUUCCAGAUGGGGGUGGGGUGGGGGUGGAGGGGAGAAGGUGAAUUUCAUCCUCAGAAGAGGAAUUGAGAGGCCGGGUGUCUGUGAGAGAGAUGUUUCCCAAGUUAGAGACUUUGGUAGAGGAGUUAAAAAGUUGGAAUCCUGGGCAAAUUUUGCUUUGGAGGAAAAACUAGUGCAUCAUAGAUAAAUGGUAAAGGCCGGAUGAAAGGGAUCUCUUUCCUACCAACAUAUGAAUCAUUUCCACUUUCUAUUAAACAACACCACUUGUCUCUUUCCCAAAUAGUCCCUUUGGAAGGGACUCUAUGUACUAUGUAAUAUAAUGUAUAUUUGAAAUUUUAUUAUCAUUUAUAUUAUAGCUAUAUUUGUUAAAUAAAUUAAUUUUAAGCUACA